AUGCAAGCCGGUGCACUGCUUUUUUCUGCUAAUUUUGAUUCGGGGAAUUUAGGUCAAGUUGAAAAUGUUCAAGAAAGCAUUGAAUAUGCUGGACCACAAUCAAGUAAAACUCAGAUGCAGAGUUGGGCCGAUCGACUAGUAACAAUAAGCGGGGCGGAAAAAAGGCCUUUGCUUUGCAGCAAACCGGAUUAUCACGUUAAAUGUUGGACCUAUCCUGACGCACAUGGCACGCCUUUUGAAAAUGGAAAUAAGUCCUGGUUUCAUUUCUCAGUUCGGAACUAUGCUCCUGGAUCAGUCAUUAGAAUAUCUAUUAUGAACGUUAGCCAUCAAUCAAAAGUCUUUAGCCAGGGUUAUACGCCUGUUUUUAAUGUUAUGAACUCAGUUACUGAUGAUCCAUGCUGGAUGCGAAUAACAGAGGAGCCAAUUUCAGAAGUCGUGGAUGGACAGUCGGCGGUUACUUUUGCGCACCGUUUCACGCAACAAUCGGGUAGUGUCACUUAUUUCGCCUUCAGCUAUCCGUGGACCUACCUUGACACUCAACUGCAACUAAAGCGUCUCGAAAAUAUGUUUAUUUUUCCCAUGUCAGCCGUAAAAAGUACUCAAAUGACAGCAGAUUCCGCCAAAGUCGCCUCAUCUAUAUACUUUCACCGUGAGCUUCUUUGCUACAGCCUAUGUGGACGACGAAUAGAUCUUCUGACCAUUUCGGACAAUACGAAUAAACUCUCGGAGUUGGAAGACCGCUUUGACCCCCUUCUAUUUCCCGAGCAGUCAAUUCCUCGUCCUCAUAAAUUUGCUAAAAAGAAGGUCUUCUUAAUCACCGCCCGUGUACACCCGGGCGAGACACCAGGAAGUCAUAUGUUCAAUGGCGUACUUGAGUUCCUUCUACGCGAGAGAGAUGAGCGAGCGAUCCAGCUGCGUCGAACCUACGUCUUCAAACUGAUUCCCAUGCUUAACCCAGAUGGAGUGGCAAUGGGUCACCACAGAACUGAUUCUCGUGGUGCCAAUCUCAAUCGCUUCUAUCUUCAACCUAACUUCCUCCUCUAUCCCUCGGUCUACGCCGUGAAAGCAUUGGCCACCUACCACCACCUCAGUUACGCCAGCAUCGCUCGCUACCCGGGCUGCUUGCCCUCCUGGCAAUUCGAGCGCUUUGUCAACCUCGCAGCUCGCUAUCGCUCCUUCACUGGCUCCGCCGAGGUCUCUCUUCACAGUGGUAAUCUUGCCCGUCCGCCUUUCAUACCUAGAAGGAAGGAGUCUCUAGGUGCUCCUAUAGUAUCAGUGAAGGAGAUGACCCAUGACGUGGCCAGAGAGCUGACUCGUACACUGAAUGCGGCGUUAGAGGGAAAACGACCAGACACCGGAAUCUCCAAACCAGAUAACGAAUCUGAAGACGCUGAAAGAUCGCCAAGUCCGCACGCAAAAUCUGACAGCAUGGUGUGCUACGUAGCCUCUAAAAAGCGCGUCAGAGACGGGGAAGAUCAGCAGCAGUCCUUCCCGGACAUACAGUGUGCAAGUAGUGGUUUCAACUGCGGUCAACUGAAACUUCGUAUCCAGGCCAUUCAACGACGAAAGGAUUUAGCCAAUUUCAGUGUCAGCAGGAAUUGUGACGCCAUUAAAGAGGCUUCGGAAUGUUUACAAGAAAUCCAGCAGAUCUCUGAUCAAGUGCCGAAGAAGUCUCAGUUAGGAAAGGAGGGUCGUGAGAACGCCCACGGCGACCGUCUGUCAUUACUUCCGCAAGCGGAGGAAUGCAUCCCGGAGUCGGAUUCUUCGCACAGCCUCCGGCAGAAGAAGUCCUCGAAGCCUACUAACGGCACUGCCGAUGGAAAUGAGUUGGACAUCCAGAUGCGUAGGCUGGACCGAGUGUAUGUAAACAUGGUGGCGCGGCACCUGAAGCAGGACGGGCAGGAUGUCGGGGCAAAGGAGGCCUUCCUGACCUACUGCACCGGUGCCCACCUAACUCAUCCUAGCCUCCGCAGCAUUGGACCCGAGGAGAGUGGUGUUAAAUGCUACAUUGACCUCCACGGUCACUGUACUAAACGUGGCUGCUUCUGCUAUGGCAACCGUCUCAAAGACGAUCGUCAAAUGGUCGACAACGUAUUGUACGCGCGUCUGGUGGCAACCAACUCGGCUUUCUUUGACUUCAGUGCGUGCAACUUCUCCCUACGGAACAUGUACCUCCGCGACAAGGUGAACGACACAACCAAGGAGGGCUCGGGUCGAGUGGGUAUCUGGAAGCACACCGGCAUCACACACUGCUACACCGUUGAGGCAAACUACACCUCCAGUCGCGUUCUAAACAUCCUCUCCGCAACAGUAUCAGACGAUCGCUGCGCUACACCUCCGGGCACCCUGUGGGGCCCCAUGCGAGGAAGCGCGGUGGUGCCAAAGCCUCCCACGGCUGGCGUCACCACUGCCCCCUCCUUCUUCACUUAUCCCACUAGCGUCACCUCGACUGCCACCGAUGCCCUCGUCGGAUACUCGACGCGUCUUGCCAAGCUCACUGGUCAUGGCAGCUAUGUGAUAUCGCAUGACGAGCGCUACACACCUGAGCACUUUCAUGAGAUGGGUCGUGGCCUGUUAACUGCUGCACUGGAUAUGUGGAGCGUGAAUCCGUGGUCGCGGCUCGCUACCAGCGCCUGCGCUGAUAUGGUUCGAUUCCGCCCGGGCACUUACUGCAACCUGAAGUCAUUGCUUAACAACGCUCUUCGAUUCGGUAAACUCGGGCCCGUGCGUAGCGGUGGUCAUGUGCCGACUAAGCUAAGACAAGCAGAAGUGGCUAACAUGAAGAUUCUGCGCAACUGGGCGAAAAGUUUCGUGGGUAACACCACGACCAACGAGAGCUCUGAGGCGCCGAAGCUGAAGGAGGCGACCUCGCCGUCACCGCGCACGUCCCUUGUUUCCCAUGUGUCCGCUCAUGUCCCCAUCAUCGCCGCAGCUACUGCUGCAGUCUCUCAACGUCGACGCGAGCGUCAACCCCGCAGCCAGCGCCUCGCCGCAUGUCCUCCUGCAGCAGUCUCUGAUUCUAGGGUUGUCGAGGCUCAAUCGCUGGUAACAGCGGUAGUGCCUGUGGCGGUGUCGACGGAUGAGUUCUGGAAUACCAAUUUUUCGAAGUUAGCUAAAUCAAACGUAGUGGCAAAGCAGCGGAUUUGUCCCGUCUACGAGAGUGGAAUAAAUAAUGCAGUUGGACCACUGGCACUUCCGGAAAAUCAUGAAAGAGAAAAGCAGCCUCUCGCUCCUUCCAUACCACUGCCUCAGUCGACAGACCGAUGUGUAGCAGUGGUCAAAAACAUCAGCAAACCCCAGAACUCCAACGAACUCAAACCGCGACCCAUAAAGCUCAUUCGCAAACGAGUGUCCCUUGCAGCUCCCAUGCGUCCAACCAAUCAGCCGAUCUCUAGGGUGAUUCACUCCAUCUCCACCACUGCCGUACUGCGACCGCCACCGUAUCGCAUCGCUGCCUCGUCGGUCGCAGCGCUUGAGGGACCUGCAUUCGUCCCACUGCGACCGAGGUUACGCCGGGCCGAGCGACCACGAAGAACAAAGAGUCACAAGAAGCAGACGCUGCCGCGGUUAAUCGACUUUGCUUCGCCUGCGGCGCACCACAAGGAGGUUCUCACUGCCAGUGGGCAAAUGUUGCUAGUUGUCACCCUCCGAACUGCGGCACCAGUGUGCAAGAGCACGCUAGUUGUUCUUCCGGUAUCGUGUAUGUGCUACCUAGGAUUCUGGAGAACUAAGCGAGAAUGCCUUGCAGUAUUUGGCUCUUAUAUCUCAAGCUAG